CUCUGAAUGAACGGAAGGAUUUCUGGUGCGCAUGGAGAAACCACGCGCGAGAAGCUGAGCGGCCACAUUUCUGAUUUCCAUCAGACUAAUUAACAACUAGAAGUAAUGAGGUGAUGUCGAUCUGUCAUGUAUUCAUCUAUUUUACAUAUUUACCUUCCUAUGAUUACACCGGCUGACUGAUCCAGCAUCCAGCCCUGAGAGGAAAACAUACAAACUGGUGUGAUAACAGAAGCCAGGGAUCAACACCAGAGUAAAGUCCGCCGCUCUGUGAACAACGGGUGAGCAGGAGAAGAGGAUAAAAAAAAGAAAAAGAUUGAAAGAAGGACUACGGAAGGGAUUUUGCUGUGAAAACUUGGAGAAAGAAAGCGAGAGGAGUCAGGUUGGCAGCUGGUGCUCCGCCAUGCAACAUGAGUAACGACAGUACCGGAGUUGGAGGGCUUCGGCCCCUCUGGAACUUCAAUGGGUCCAUCCAAUCGGCUGACCUGUUCUCCAACGCCUCAUGCAACAUCUCCACCAAUGAUUCAACAUUCUGCUCUCCUGUGGACGAAGGAGUGGGGGAAGGAAGUCCAUAUAAGGCUCUGGAGAUGUUUUUUAUCGCCUUGGUUACAGGAUCUCUGAGCUUUGUGACUGUGACAGGAAAUAUUUUAGUCAUGCUGUCCAUCAAAGUAAACCGCCACCUACAAACUGUCAAUAACUAUUUCUUAUUUUCGUUAGCAUGCGCUGACUUGAUUAUUGGUGUUUUCAGCAUGAAUUUGUACACAGUCUACAUCAUUGUUGGCUACUGGCCACUCGGGCCGGUGGUUUGUGACUUGUGGCUAGCUUUAGAUUAUGUCGUCUCAAACGCCUCGGUGAUGAAUUUAUUGAUCAUCAGCUUUGAUCGGUAUUUCUGCGUGACCAAACCCCUCACAUAUCCAGCAAGAAGGACAACUAAGAUGGCAGGAUUAAUGAUUGCUGCAGCAUGGAUCCUGUCGUUCAUCUUGUGGGCUCCUGCCAUCUUGUUCUGGCAGUUCAUCGUUGGUCAGCGAACAGUGCCACCUGGAGAGUGUUAUAUUCAGUUCCUUUCGAACCCUGCAGUGACGUUUGGAACGGCCAUAGCAGCGUUCUAUCUUCCUGUCAUUAUUAUGACAGUCCUGUACAUCCACAUUUCCCUUGCCUCCAGGAGCAGGGUCUCCAAACACAAACCAGAGAAGAAAGAGAAAAAGGGAAUAAAAACUCCCAGCUUGAUAAAGAGUCACCUGUUAAAGCAGAACAAUAACAAUGAGACCAGUCCUCAGGCCAGUCCCCGUUCAACUCCCAAACUCAGUCUGGACUCAACUACCACCGCUGUGGAGGCUGUGAAGAAUGGCAGAGUAGAGGAGCCCAAGCCUGCUCAGCCUCAGGCUCCAGCUCAGCCCAGUCCAGGACUCACACAGGAGGAAAAAGAAAGCUCCAACGAUUCGUCCACAGCGUUUAUUCCUCAGACAGAACCAAAGGACAACACCAACAAUGAGGUGAUAUCUGAGGCCACAACAAAUCCCAACACUAUUGCCACAACAACAACAUCCAAUCCUGCAGUGCCCAAGAUGACCAACGCCUCGAGGUGGUCCAAGAUAAAGAUUGUAACGAAGCAGGCGGGGGAUGAAUGCAUCACAGCAAUAGAGAUCGUCCCGCCUGUAGAGGGAGCCGAGAGCCAUUCAAUCCCAAUCAGCCGUCCUCGGACUGUGGCCAGAAAGUUUGCAAGCAUCGCUCGAAGCCAAGUGAAGAGGAAAAGACAGAUGGCUGCCAGAGAAAAGAAAGUAACCAAGACUAUCUUUGCCAUCCUGCUGGCUUUCAUCAUCACAUGGACGCCGUAUAACGUCAUGGUGUUGAUCUCAACCUUCUGCCAGUCUUGUGUCCCUGACACCGUGUGGGCCAUCGGCUACUGGCUGUGUUAUGUCAACUCUACCAUCAACCCAGCUUGUUACGCACUGUGCAACGCCACAUUCAAAAAGACAUUCAAGAAUCUGCUGCUGUGCCAGUAUAAAAACAUAGGUACAAGAUGAGAUGGAAGGUGAAGACUGAGGGUGGGACGGAUGGGGGCGGGGUAAACCACUGCAACAGGGGAACAGAGGAACAUUUUUUGAAAGGUGAGUGGAAGAGGGCUGAAGGAGAGUAAUGUAUGACAGCAUUUAGUUAAAGGGUUCCUUUUAAAGAGACAGCAGGGCUGAGCAACUGUGGAAACGAGUCAUUCCUAUUGGUGCGUAAAGAUUAGGAUAUGAUAGAUGGAACUAAUCACCAUGCUUCUAUCUGAUAUGUGUUCACAAGUUCAGGAAUAGCUUCACCACCCAUAAAAAAUCAAAUGUCACUGUUAUGGUAAUCAUAACAGCAACUUAAGCCAACUUCAGCCAUAAUGACAGCUACAGUCUGACACAAUCACGGUACCAGCAGCAGCCAAUCAGAACGCAGUAUGUCUAUGUUAACCCUCUGAACCCCAAGCCGUUUUAGGGCGUUUUUUGCUCUUUUUACAUUUUACUCACUGUGGCCUUGUAUUUUAUUGCCAUAUAUAGGUCCUGCAGAUCUGUGGAAUCAGCACAAUCAUGGUUAGAAGUCUGAAGAACUUUAAUAUUUCUUUUGUGCAGAAUAACACAGUUAUAAGGACAUGAAUCAUAAAAAAGAAAAAAACACAAGUUGAAUUUCUCUGAUAAUUUUUUUUUAAUUUGAAUGAAUUGUAAUUUAUAUAUAAAAGGCUUUUCUAAGUGUCCACAAGUGUCAUGGAUAUUAGAAUAAAAUAAUUGGGCCCCCACAUGAUAUUUGCAUUUUUACAACAAUUUUUUGUGAAUAUUUAUCAUGUGACCGUUUGUCUCAGCAAAAUUAAUCAUGGCUUCCUAGUUGUGCUGAGGAGGGCAGAUUUUAAUAUCCAAACGGUUAUUUUUGGCGUCGUUUUAAAAGACACAUGUAGAAUAAAUAGAUUUUGACAGAAAUAUAACAAUUUAAGGCUUUGUUUGGUUACUUUUACUAACAGAAACUUAUGCAACCUAUGAUCCAGUCAAGGACUGUUGCAGAAUUUAAAUUUCAAUGAUAAGGCCUCUUUUUACAGUUUCUUUUAUGAUAAACGGUGUACUUUUGGCGAUGACUUAAAGAAAACAUACGUUUCAAUCAUGCCGGCGGAAUUCAGAGGGUUUACAGGCCUUAAGAUUUGCAGCUGAGAGAGUGCACACUAAAUUCUAACUAAUACAUCAUAUUAUGCCACACUAUAAUAUGUCCAUGCUGUUUGCAUUUUAGAACUCAGCCUUCCUCUACAGAUCAGAGGGAAUGCAUAAUGUAUUGUGAUGAAUUCAUUGCGAAAUUAACUCACACCACCCGGCCCUCCACAUGACCUCCUGGUGGUCAUUUUUAUUUAAGUAUAAAGCAGCUGUUGUUUUAGAUAAAAAUCAAUAACUCAAUAUUUCUUGAUAUUACAUUCUCAAUAUUUUUUUUUACAUCUUACCAUUAUUUUUUUUAUAGUUUUUUCUGAUUGAUACCCCAAAUGAUGUCAUUCUUUCUAUGAAUAGCAUAGAACCGAAAUAAAAAUAGACAUAAAUCAGCUCUACAUAUAGACACGGGAUGACUGCAAGACUUUGUGACUGAAGACAAGACUAAGGAGGGGACGGGUGACGGAGGACAGAGGAGACAGUAGCAGCAGUACAGUGACUUUAUAGCAAACCACACACUGUGGCAGCCAUGUUGGAUAUGUCUAGCUCAUGAGCAACAAAAGCACCUAAUUAUGGGUAAGCUAAUUAUGCUUAUUAUACCACCUUAUUAACUGUAGUGCUCCUCCGUGGUUUUCCCAUUACACCUUGUUUGUGUUUUCCAUUCCAGUUCAUUAGCCAUUAAAUAAUAAUGGGGUUUGACAACCAUCAACAUCUUGCUUUAAAUAAAUUUGAUUUACAUUCUACGAGCAUGUUAUAGACCGAUAGAAGUUAGAAAUGGUUAUAGCUAAGCUCCAUGUCUUCUAAUAGUUACUUUACAUUUGUGGCUAUAGAUAUUAGAUAUAUAGAUAUUCCAAUACUAUUUUUUCCCUCCCGAUACCGAUUCCGAUACUUGCGCUGUGGGUAUCGGCCGAUACCGAGUACCGAUCUGAAACCAGUAUGUUAUAAUAAAAUAUCAUACUACACCUGCAUGACUGUGAUAUGAUUAUCAUUGUGGUAAGGCCUGGCUCAGGUUAAACCCUUUGUAAAACAUGAACAAAUACAGCAGAUUCAAGCCAUUUAUUUUAAAAUAAAACAGUAUACAAAACAGUAGUGCAACAGCAACUUCAAUAAAUAAAUCUGGGGGUCCGGGGGCAUACUCCCCCGGAGAACAUUUUUGCCCUAAAAGCCUAAAUUUGGUGCCUCUCGCACACUCUAACGCCACUCAUUGCAUAUUUUAGAGAAUUAUUAUAAAGGAGAAUAAGGGUUCUUCUAUGUUUUAUUUAAGGCAUCUUAUUUUGACAGUCUUCUUGUAAAUUCUGUGGUGGACUCUGCUAACACAUCCAUGUGCUCUUAUUUUGAAAGCGACAUGUGUUUGCUUUUAUUUUGAAGGCGGGUCUAACACGUGCUUACCGUAACGCGAUUUGGUGUGUUUAAUUUACACUCACAGUCAGAACUUGAAAGUCGGAACUUGGAGCGAGGAACAGCAUCGAAAAUUCUGACAUUCAUGUAGACCUUGAACGCACCAUGCGCCACUGUUUUAAGAGCGGCGAAGAAGAACUGUGCCAGAGCUUAACGGAGCGAGCCAGUAAAUAGAUUACUAAUUUCAUAAAUUACGUGGUACUGGAUCGGUGUCUGGACUCCAGUACUCGCAGGAGCAGCAAUACACAACCAUGGGCUGAAAAGCUAUCAAAAUACGUGCUACUAGCUACACUAUUAGAUUCAAGCUAAUCUAAUGAUUAUUUUAGCACUUAACGUUUACCAGAAAGGACACAUUAGCUGUUAGCAAGCUAAUGUUAGCUAUAUGUUAGCAAGCUAAGGCACUUAAUACUGCAAGGCUUUCUGAAUUAUCCACAUUCUGCGACGUUUUCCACAGCUAAAAACAUUUGACACGUUACAUCUUGUCAAAUGUUUGUUAUACCAUGUUUUUCAUGAAAGAUUAAAUAAAAAAAGUUUACAUCUAUACUUUUGUGUUAACAUAAAAUAUAUUAUAUCAACUGAUUUUUUGUGAAUGAGGACGUAUCAAGAUUACAGUUGAAACCAGAAGUUUACAUACACUAUAUAAAAAGACACAUAUGCUUUUUUUCUGACUGUCUGACAUGAAAUCAGACAAUCACUUUUCCUGUUUUAGGUCCGUUAGGAUUACCAAAAUUAUUUCUAUUUGCUAAAUGCCAAAAUAAUGAGAGAAGGAUUUUUUUAGACAAUUUUUUGUUACUUUCUUCAAAGUCAGAAGUUUACAUACACUAACAUUAUUAUGCCUUGAAACAAUUUGGGAAAGCCCAGAUGAUGCAGUCAUGUCUUUGGAAGCUUCUGAUAGGUUUAUUGACAACAUUUGAGUUAAUUCGAGACACACCUGUGGUUGUUUUUUAAGGCACACCUGAAACACACUGCUUCUUUGUGUGACAUCAUGGGAAAGUCAAAAGAAAUCAGCCAAGAUAUCAGCAAGAGAAUUGUGGACUUGCACAAGUCUGGUUCAUCCUUGGGUGCAAUUUCCAGAUGCCUGAAGGUGCCACAUUCAUCUGUUCAAAUAAUUAUACACAAGUAUAAACACCAUGGGAAUGUCCAGCCAUCAUACCGCUCAGGAAGGAGACGGGCUCUGUGUGCCAGAGAUGAACGUGCUUUGGUCCAAAAUGUGCAUAUCAACCCAAGAACAAAAGCAAAAGACCUUGUGAAGAUGCUGGCUGAAGCUGGUAAGAGUGUGUCAUUAUCCAGAGUGAAACGAGUACUGUACCAAAAUGGGCUGAAAGGCCACUCUGCCAGCAAGAAGACAUUUCCAGAAGACACAGAGCCCGUCUCCUUCCUGAGCGGUAUGAUGGCUGGACAUUCCCAUGGUGUUUAUACUUGUGUAUAAUUAUUUGAACAGAUGAAUGUGGCACCUUCAGGCAUCUGGAAAUUGCACCCAAGGAUGAACCAGACUUGUGCAAGUCCACAUUUCUCUUCCUGAUAUUUUGGUUGAUUUCUUUUGACUUUCCCAUGAU